GGGCAGGGCGAGGCUACAAAAGGCCGAGCACCAGGACACCCUGCUGCGGGCGCGCUCUCGGGGCACUCGGAAGGAGGUGGCCGAGCGCUGGGCACAGUCGGCUUGUGGACCAGGCGGGCACGAGACGAUGCUGCGGGUGCGGUGUCUGCGCGGCGGGAGCCGCGGCGCCGAAGCGGUGCACUACAUCGGGUCUCGGCUUGGAAGAACUGUAACGGGAUGGGUGCAGCGAACUUUCCAGAGCACCCAGGCAGCUACGGCUUCCUCCCGGAACUCCUGUGCAGCUGACGACAAGGCCACUGAUCCUCUGCCCAAGGACUGCCCUGUCUCCUCUUACAACGAAUGGGACCCCUUAGAGGAAGUGAUAGUGGGCAGAGCAGAAAAUGCCUGUGUUCCACCAUUCACUGUGGAGGUGAAGGCCAACACAUAUGAAAAGUACUGGACUUUUUACCAAAAGUAUGGGGGCCAUCAUUUUCCCAAAGAUCAUUUGAAAAAGGCUGUUGCCGAAAUUGAAGAAAUGUGCAAUAUUUUAAAAAUGGAAGGAGUGACAGUGAGGAGGCCUGACACCAUUGACUGGUCCUUGAAGUAUAAAACUCCUGAUUUUGAGUCUACGGGUUUAUAUGCUGCGAUGCCUCGAGACAUCCUGAUAGUUGUGGGAAAUGAGAUUAUCGAGGCUCCCAUGGCCUGGCGCGCUCGCUUCUUUGAGUACCGCGCGUACAGAGCAAUUAUCAAAGACUACUUCCGCCGCGGGGCCAAGUGGACAACAGCUCCUAAGCCCACAAUGGCUGAUGAGCUUUAUGACCAGGAUUACCCCAUCCAUUCUGUAGAAGACAGACACAAAUUGGCUGCUCAGGGAAAAUUUGUGACGACUGAGUUCGAGCCGUGCUUUGAUGCUGCUGACUUCAUUCGAGCUGGAAGAGACAUCUUUGCACAGAGAAGCCAGGUGACAAACUACAUGGGCAUUGAAUGGAUGCGUAAGCAUCUCGCUCCAGACUACAGAGUGCAUAUCAUCUCCUUUAAAGACCCCAAUCCGAUGCACAUUGAUGCCACCUUCAAUAUCAUUGGGCCCGGUCUCGUGCUUUCCAAUCCUGACCGACCAUGUCACCAGAUUGAUCUUUUCAAGAAAGCAGGAUGGACCAUAGUUACUCCUCCAAUACCAGUCAUCCCAGAUGAUCACCCACUCUGGAUGUCGUCCAAAUGGCUUUCCAUGAAUGUCUUAAUGCUAGAUGAAAAGCGUGUUAUGGUGGAUGCCAACGAAGUCCCGAUUCAAAAGAUGUUUGAAAAGCUGGAAGUACCAAGUUGUUAUUUCGUAGAUGGACAAUAUACUUCUUUUCAACAAUCACAACCUCAAAAGGUUGGAGAUGCAUCCCAGGCUCCUUAGACACCCCCUGAGCAAUAAGUUUAUCAGUCUUCCAUGACUUAUCUAACUUCCUGGUGCCCAAGUGUGGAGAGCUACCCCUUUGCAGAUAAGCAUAUAGAUGAUUUGGCCCUUCGCCAAAUAAGAAAUUGUUGGGGUCCUUUAAAAGUAAUUUGUCAUUACAUAUUUUAAAGGACGUAUAAGGAUACAGAUAUAGAAGUGACUUAUCUGUGUGAUAAGCACUGUGAACAAAAUAAUGAAAUACAAUAGAGGAUGUCAGUAAAUCAUUUCAGCUUUGAACUAAAAAGCAGAACUGGUUAUUACUUGGGUGGGAAUUUGCUUAUCGUGGUAUUCAAAAUUUAGACCAGUUAUUCUAUACUGAGAAAAGCAUUUAAAGAAUUUUCAUAUGGCUGUUAUUAGGGUGCAGAAGUGUGUGUUUAUCACUAUCAUUCUACGUGAUGUAUCCUAAGUGUCAAAUAAAGCCAGGCAGUACACUUGUUGAAAUCAAGUCAUGUUUUGAUUUAUGUCUUAUAUUUCAGGUGUACUACUCAGAAGAUAUUGUUUGCCCCUUUGAAACAUACCUCUUUAAUGAAGUAUCAGUUUAGAAAGAUUAGCCCAUUAGUUUUAGAUUGAGCCCAGUCUAAUGAUUUCACCUGUAAUGCUAUCCCACUUCUUUUUUCGUGGCUUUUGUUAAA